AUGUUAUUACAAUUAAUUAUUAAAUUUAAACAACAAUUUAAUAAAACUUCAAUAUUUUCUAAUUUAUUAUUAUUAUUUUUAUUAUUAUUACCUUCAACUAUUCAAAUUCCUAUACCUAAUGGGCAAGUGGGGAGAGCAGAAGUAGAAUGUGGGCAAGAAGAAAUUGAAGUAGUCUUUUUAACAGAGGAUCUAUUUCAAGGACGUGUUUUUGUUGUCGGGCAUUCAAAUGAGACUGGAUGUUCUUCUCGAGAUAUUGGCAAAAAAUCGACAUCAAUUAUUGUUAAAAAAGAUAAUUGCGGGGUUGUAACUAUCCGUUCGCAAAAUCCUCCAGGAUUAUUUGUUAAUGUAAAAAUAAUGAUUAGUUUUCAUGAAGAAUUUAUUACAAAAAUUGAUAGAGGUUAUGAAAUUUCUUGUUUUUAUAUGGAAGCAGCCAAAACAGUUACUUUCCCAAUUUCUGUCGAACCAAAUACUUUACAACCAUUUACUGAAUUUGCAGAAAUGCCUAGAUGUAGAUAUGAAGUUGUUGAUCCAACAACACAAGAACCUGUUAGUGUUGUUUCUGUUGGGAAUAAAUUAUUACAUAAAUGGUAAUUAAAUAAAUCUAAUUGUAAUUUAAAGGAUUGUCUCUCCCCCCCCCCCCUUUCCUUUUUUCAAAAAUUUUAUUUUCGCGUAUCUUUUCUCUUCGUUUUAUUGUUUUACUUUCCUUUUUCUAUUUAAAAUUAGUUAAUUUACA